AUUGUGUUGUUUUGAGAUAAAAUUAAAUUGCAAAGAACCAUUCAUGUUAAAAUCCUUGUCUUGCUUUUCCUUUCUAGCAAGAGAGAUAUGUCAUCUUAAGAUGUUUAAAAAUGAAAUUGAACAAGUAGCUAAAGCUACAAUGUUGAUGUACAUUACUGAAAAUGGAGUGUUUCACUGGCAGGCUGCUGGUGCCUUGGGUGGUGCCCUGGCAAUCAUGGAGGCGAUCCCGGAACAAUACAAGCACCUGAUAGGGGGACCAUCUUUGAAAGUAGAUACACACACUGGAGCCAUUGCUGAGGGGGUCUUGACAUUUUUAAUUGCCUUUGAUGUUCUUUUUAUAAUCCUUAGAGGCCCACAGAGUUCAAUAUUCAAGACAUGGUUGAUUUCCAUUGUGGUUGUAACAUUAGUAACGUUUGGCUCUGCUUACACUGGACCUUCCAUUGAGGGUCCUUUGCCUUUGGUUGGGCAUAUGUAUACAGCCAACACACCACAUGGGAUCAUUUUUAUGUUUAUUGGAUCUGUCCGUUCAUCGGAACUAUAUUGGCUGCGUCGGUUUUCCGGGUAUUCUUUUCCCCACCACCAGAGAAAGUGAAUAAAUCAUAAGGUUGCUUAAAAAGGUUCCUGUGCCAAUCAACAACAGCAA